AUGAACCUGGCCUUCCCGCUCGCCGUCGCGGUGAUGUACUGGAGCCUGCCCAUCGGGGCGCUGCUGUACCGGAUCCGCUUCCUGAACGUCUUCGGGCCCCGGAACGACAUGCUCGAGUGGGCAGAGAUGAUGCGGGCCUUCCUCGGCGUCAGGUUCAAGCUGGUCGGUCAGCGGCGGCUGCACAAGGGUGAGCGUAUGGUCUACCUGGCCAACCACCGCAGCUGGGCGGACUUCUUCCUCGACGUGUGGACGACGGAGGCCCGCUGCAGCAUCAUGUCGCGCUGGAUGGUCUUCUUCGCGUUCCCGGUCUUCAUGGCCUCGGUCAUCGUCCUGCGCGGCAUCGUGCUCUUCAAGCGCGGCAAGAUCAAGGACAAGGACGCGUUCAACGCGUGGCUGGACAAGACCCUGGACCGCCAGGUCAACAGCGGGUCGCUCCUGCUGUACCCCGAGGGCACGCGCAACACCAAGCCGCACGCGCUGCCCCUCAAGCGCGGCAUGCUCAAGUACUCGUGGUCGCGCGGGCUGCCGUUCCAGAUCAUCGUCACGACGAACAAGGAGCGCGUGCUCUCGGAGAAGAAGAUGGCCGUCAAGUUCGGCGUCACGUGCUGCACCGGCUUCAGCGAGGUCAUCGAGUCGAAGAGGUACAAGGACGAUUUCGACGGGUUCAUGGAGGAGGUGCAGCGCGUGUGGGACAAGGAGUGGGCCGAGGUCUACAAGGCCGCCGCGGAGCCCGAGAAGCUCGAGGACCUCACGAUCCCGAGCCCCGACGGCUUCGACUACCUGCCUUCGAUGAAGCUCCUCCAGGUCCUGGUCACCCUGCUGACGAUCGCCGUGUUCUCCGCCAUGGUCGUGGGCAGCGCCUACGCUCUCGGCCUGGUCGUGCCGGCGGCGCAGGACGCCUGGAAGUACGCGUCGUACGUGCUGGCGUCGAUGCCCAUCCUCGGCCUGGCGUCCAAGCUGCUCGGCGGGUCCAAGGUCGGGGCCAUCAAGUACCCGGGCCUGGCCUCCAAGAAGAUCGACUGA